AUGCCUAAGCGCACAGGACAGAUUCCCAAAUCUAGUCCUGCGCUACCUCCUUCUCGCGACUCUGUCGAGGAUCCAAAGGCUGAUGAGGUUUACCUGGCACAACUAUACGAUGCACAGCCCACCAACGUCAAGAACUAUCAUGAAUUGAUGUGGCGGGAUGUACAGAAGCUGCCUAAGGUAGCUCAGGAGAAGAUCAAGGCCGCUACGCAUGAUGAAAUGGAAGCUCAUCGCAAGCGCGGCACUUUUGAGUACGUCCACAGACCAACGAACCGCCGUGUUAUUCUCAACCGGUGGGUGUUGGAUGAAAAGCCCGACGGUUGUAUAAAGGCGCGACUUGUCAUCAAGAGCUUCUCUCAGAUCGAAGGUAUCGACUUUGACCAAGUCUUUUCACCCAUUGUGCGAUUCGAGUCUCUAAGACUCAUCCUCGGGCUUUGCACACUCAAAAACAUGCAUAUCCUAGGUCUUAAUGUUUGCAACGCUUACUUGUAUGCUGAACUCAACGAGGAGAUCUACAUGGAGCAGCCACAAGGGUUUAAAAUCCCUGGCAAGGAGCAUCUCGUCAUUCGACUGAGACAUGCUCUCUAUGGUCUAAAACAGGCUGGACUCAAAUGGUGGAAAACCAUGACCAAAUCCAUGGAGAAGCUGGGCUUUAAACGCCUGCACUCCGAUGAAGGAAUCUACAUCUACACCGACGCAAAGACAGGCUUGAUUUGUAUUGCCAUAGUCUACGUCGACAAUGCCUUAUUCUGCAGCGUUGACCACAAACUCGGAGAACAGCUCAAGAAUGCAUUUGCCGAAAAAUGGAAAUGUAGAGAUCUUGGCGAUGUGAAGGAAUUCUUAUGCAUGCGCAUCACUCGGCAGGCAUAUGUGGUCAUGAUAGACCAAGUUGCUUACCUCGAGAAGAUGCUUGACCGUGUUGGACUCACUAACGCUCGACCUGUCGCCACUCCUCUUCCCUCUAGAUAUUACCCAUUGCCAAAUGAGGAUCCAGUAGACAAAGUUCUAUGGCACCGGUUCUAG